AUGAAGAAAGGCGGGAUUUGGGAGACUGACGAGGAGUUUUUCGAGAGAAAAACCAGGAUCCCUACGAGGAUUGAUAAAUGGGUGCGAAACCAUUAUCCUAAAUUAUGGGAUCACACUUUUGACUCCCAAUCACCUCAAUCGGUUUCUGCUCAAUACGUGGAUUCUGCAGCUGGAAACAAUUACGCCGGCGAUCUCUCGUUUAAAAACACGACGUUCAAUUUGGGUAGCAGAUUAGCAAUUCCAAAUACUCCAUCGUCGACGUCCGGACCACGAUAUAGUCACCCUACCCAGGUUUUGGCGACACCAGGAAUGUCUUCCACGAAUGGGUCCGCUCAGCCAACAUAUUUCUCUCCAGGUUCUACAGGACACGUGGCUGCUCAGUCUCCAAUGUUUACUUCCUCUGCCCCCCGUUUUCCAGCCUCCACUUCGACAAAUGUACCUCCCCAAGAGCUGGCGAAUAGCAUCAUGAACGCCCCUCAAGAUGCACAAUAUACCCCCUACACGAGAGAUACCUCAGUUCCGAACGCUUACGUGACCUCGACACUCUACGCUGUGCCUUCAACAGAGGCAGCAGGACAAGCUCGUGCUCCGGUCUCUGUGCUACCCAGCGGCGACUUCACGCACGGACAACGACACGCCGCAAGCAUUACCUCGGAUACCCGUCAUGGUCCUCAGUAUACCCCCUCUCAGCACAAUACCCCAGCUCAUCAAACGAAUGCAUCAACGGUCCCAAGCGCCUACGGUGUCGUCACAGGCGCUUAUAUUUCCAAUAUGGAAACAUUAUACCCAACUCAUGCGUCGCCAUCGAUGCCUGCCACGAGCCAGAAUCAAGGUCGCAGCCUAUUGAACGGUAUUGUUGAUGACCGCUUGGUCGAGGCGCUUGGUGCAGAAGUGGACUCUACGGGUAGUGUGUGGAUCAAUCUCCUCGAACGCAGGCAAGAUUAUUCAUACACUAGCCGCGCGAGAGUCGUCAGGGGCGAGCUGCAUGAUGUGAUGUUCAAUUAUAUUACUCGUCGCAGGCCAUAG